CGUUGCUAUUACGUUGUCAAUGAUCAGAUGCACUCGUUCCGUGGCUGCAGUGGAUGCUGGACUAACUCUGGACUCUGGAGACUAGGUCUUUCACACUGUAAAUAGCAUUACCAUCGAAAGUUUCAAAUGCUAAAUAAGGGCUUAGAGAUUUAAGGAUGAAUGGCAAGAUUUACCUAAAUGUCUUCUGUGUUAUCCCCAAGAAUUCAACUAGUUAUCCAAAAAACUUAGCUCUUGCCCAGAAAUGCUGCAAAGAACAUGGAUUCAAUGUUCAUUGGAUCACGGAAGAAGAUUGUAUGAAGUUAGAGCCCUGCAGAAAAGAUCUCUUCAUUUUAACUGCAUUUGAUGGCCUGGUAUUUGAAUUUCUUAAAAGUUGCAAUUCCAAAGUUGUUGGUCCCCAAUAUAUGUUGGCUAUAAUUAACAAUGAAGAACCACUUCCUGAUGUCUCAAUCUCAGUCUUCAGUCUUGCCAUGAAAAGGAUAGUGAUAACAUCAACAGGUUUAUCCUCACAAGAGAAAAAGUCAAUUCAAGAGAAAAUCCAAUUCCUGGGUGGUAAUUACUCACCAGAGCUUUCUGUCAACAUCACUCAUCUCAUUGUCAAAAGUGUGGCCGACUUUAGCCCGAAAUUCAAAGUAGCAGUGGGGAAACGAAUCCCAAGAAUGAUUCCAGAGUGGAUCGACGCCGUUUGGGAUGCAAAUUUAGAAGAAAUUAUCCAUGCAACAGAUCCUAUCUUUGCCUGCUGUAUUUGCCCUAUUUUCCAUGGAUGUGUAGUGUCUACUUCACAAGUCUCGAUCAAAGAGCGUGAUUCCAUUAAGAAAAUUGUCCAAGCCAAUGGUGGCGAAUACUCUGCUAAACUCGAGAGAGGUAAAACGAAUAUUCUCAUCAUAACCUUGGCCGAAGGAGAAAAGUACAGCCAUGCGAGACGAUGGAAGAUCCGUUGUCUCAAACCAGAAUGGAUCCAAGCUUCGUUAGAAAAAGGCUACGCUGUAGAUCCGAAAUGCUUCACUCUAAACGAGACUACCACACUGCCUUCCAAUUGUUCUACCCCGAGAGCCCAUAGUCAUUCUUUUGUGAAUGUCGGCGAUAGUAGCGUGAACACUACCAUUUUUGACGAAAACCAGCAAACAUGUCGACCAAUUAAUGAAACUGCUUUUGAGUAUCCGUGUUCAUUCUCUGAGCCUCAGCGAUACGGUUCUCUGCAAAAAAAAACUCUGGACUGUUUGGAUUUAACUCAAUCUGUUAACGCAGGGCCAUUUCUGAAAGAUUACAAAGUUUUUCUUAGCGGUUUCAGUGGCUUCCAAUUGGAGAAACUUCGGCGGAUUCUCAAAAAUACCGGCUUGGCCCGAUCCUUCGUCAUUAAUACAUCGAUAUCACAUGUUAUCGUCGGGGAAACCGUGAAAGUGGAUUGGGAUCAAUUGAUGAAGUUGGAAAAUAAGCCACACGUCGUGACAGUCGAGUGGCUAGCACAGAGUCUGCGAUUGAAAAGUGCUGCAACCGAAGCCGAUUACCUACACCCAGAAUUCAAGAACCUUUGCAAUUUCAGUGAUACAAAGGGAGCGUCAAACGAUGAUCCACCUAUAGAGAACAUCGAUGGUUCUCUAGACGAGAUGCAGUUUACCUUGCAGCCUUUGAUCAAAGAGCAAAUAGAGGAAGAAGAAUCUGCAAAGCUCCUUCCAAUCCUAUCCGAUUUGACUUUGACAUCUGACAAUCUGAAAACAUAUUCUGUCAAUUCCAUGAAUGGCGUCAUUGCUUCAAACAAUCGAGCUCAAGUGGUAACCAAGAAUUCCAGAUGCUUGGCAACGGAAUCAAUCAUCAAUGAAUCGGCGAACUGUGACACUCCGUCGUAUUUACGCCCUUCAACAAAUGGUACAAAUACUUUACAUGUAACCCCUGAACCCCGGCCAGCUCUUUGUAAUAUGCUCACACCUGAUACUCCAUACGGACGCUUACUCAAUCCGGAUCCUUCACCUGGAACCCGAAAAAUGUGGAAACACGCUUUAGAUAAUCGAGUCCGCUUGACGCCCCGUGUGGAUGAAUCCGUGGAUACUACAGCAUCACCAUAUGAACUUCAUCCUACCGAGAUUUUCCCUGGAAUCAACGAAUAUUUCCAUAAUCUAACCAAGCGAAUACUACGUGAUAGCCUAUCGGCUGGAAAUGCUGCUGAUAAUAAAGAAGCCACGGCUUCUGUAGUCCCAAGACAACCACCUUUUCAGGACGUGGUGAUUUUCUUUGAGGAUAUUGAAUUAGCAGGAGCUGAAAUGAUGAAAAUUGUUGAAUCCCUGGAUGGCCGUGUUUCCUCUGAUCACUGCAAAGAGGUGACGCAUUUUGUGUUCCAAGGUGAAUCGAUCUCGGCUGAGGCGAUUCAGAACGUCAAAAAAUGGCAACAGAAACUCGUAUCAAUUCAUUGGAUCCUCGAUUGCGAAGCUGCUGAUGUCCUCUUAGAAGAAUCUGAUUAUCUACCAUCUUCAUUAAACCAUAUAACGUCGUGCUCUAUCGAUUGCGAUUGGCUUUCUCCUGUCUGUGAAAUUCAUGAAACAAAUGGCGAGUCGCAUACUCAUUUCAGCUUGACCGAAGUUGAAAAAGAAAGACAUCAAGAGUCUUUCACUGAUAACGAUAAUUUAUCUCUUUUGGACGAAUGUUUGGAUAAAAUACCCUCGACUAGCUACAACUAUGUAACAAAAUACGACGACAUGAUUGCCCCUGGAUGUUUAGACAUGUCGCAACCGACUUUUAAAGUUACGACAACUGUCGAACUUAAGCAAAAGCGAACUGAAUUAAGCAAAACGCAGGAGACCAUCGCAUCCCAAUCGGUUGCUCCCGCUUAUUGCAUCAUGUUUUCAGGCAUGUCGCAAGAAGAUCGUGACAGUUGCACAGAAAUCCUUGAAAUCUUAGGCGGAACAGUGGUCAGGGCUAAUCAGUGCGAUCCUGCAUGUACUCACCUUGUCGUUGCUAAACUUAGGUGUAAAGUGAAGCUGUUAACUUCGAUAGCCGCCGGUAAGUGGAUCGUUCAUCCUGGUUGGGUGUACCAGAGUGAAAAAAUGGGUCGUUUGGUUGACGAACGCAAAUACGAAUGGGGCAAUCCCACGUGCAAUGAUUCCAUCUCCACGCAAGAAACGAAAAUUGCUGCGGCUGCUUAUUAUUGGCGCGUCAAUCGCGAUCGAGACUUCCCGGCCGGCCCGUUCCAGGGCAUCACAGCCGCACUUCAUCUAGGCGAUGAAAAUGAUUCUUUCCAGCGUUUACUUGAAGCAGGCGGAGGAGAGGUGGUUCCCCAAAGGUCAGCAUUAGAGGAUAGCAAAACCAAUCUCUGCAUUUUAGAAAACCGUGAAAUUAAGACGAUUCCACUUUCCUUGUAUGCCAGUAAAGGCAUAUAUUGCGUCCCUCCCGUCUAUCUGAGGAGUCUUGUCCUUGCUGUGGGCAAAAAGCUCCAAUGGAGUGAGUCAGUUUUGCCAGUGUUCCGUCCUUAUCUAUCAAGUAUGCCUUUCAGUAGUUCUUAAUUGUUCUAAAAUUAUUAAUCUUUUCCGUGAACUGUUCUUCUUUCACACUGAU